UCUCGACCGCAUACCACCAUCCAAGAUUAAUAAUCCUUUUCCUCUUUCAUCUCUCAUCCCAUUACGGACAAUCUUGACACUAUCACAUUUGGAUAUCAAUGACGACUCCAAACACAACCGUGACACAACCCCAGCACGACGCACAAUCAACAUCACAAGUCACAGCAACAACAAUGGCAAAGCAAACCUCUUCCUCUACAACCUCUUCUGAACAAACACAAAACAUCGUCAGCGAUAUUGGCGAAUAUCUCAUGCAAGCCGCUCAAAAUUGGGCAAAAAUGACAGACGCUCUCGUCGAAAGCCGCCAGGUCCAACAAGCUGUCGAAGACGCUCACGAACAAGCCAUGAUUAUCAACCAUUUAUCCGACCUUUCUACCGUUGUCUCCAUGGAUGUGGAUUUAUCCAAACUUUGCAAAAUUCGUGACUUGACAGCACAAUUCUCUCAAGAUGUUCACCAGGUCUGGCAAAAAGACACCAGAUACAACCAAAACUCAUCAUAAAAUCAGACGCAUUUUAUUGACAUCAAAAUCUUGCAUCGUGGGUCUUGGUCUUGGGUUGGAGGUUUAGGUAUUAGAGGUGUUUGGGCUAUCAGGCGUUAUUAAAGGAAUAUUCAUUCAUAUCUCACUUUACGAAUUUCAACCUCUGUUCAUUCUU